GGCGGGCCGGACGUGUCGCGGGGCCCGGGCGGCGCGGGUUCGAGGCCGGGCCCCGCGCGGGGAGGCCGCGCCAUCCCGGGGGAGCUGCCCGGUAGCGAGUUUGCCCCGCAGCCGAAAGAAGGCGGGAGCCGGCGGGGGCCUUCGAAACCCCCUGGCAACCCGGGCCCGGAGUCCCUGGGGAGCAGCUGCUUCCUGGGACGCCAUCCCGGACGCCCCCGUCCUAGGGUAACGGUUCUGGGCCCCGGGCGGAAGGCGCCGCUGGGUGACCCCCAACGGGGCCCUGCGAGCUGCGGGAGCCGACCCGGGGCCUCAAGCGAGGACGACGGGGGUUUCUGGAGACGUGGGGCCAGGGGCUGAAGCAGCCGGUCCUCUCGGACGCGGGGCAGGGCAGCGCCUGAUCUGGAGACGGACUCUGGGACUUUCGGGAGCGGGGGUCUCAGCGACCUGCCCCGCGGGGAGCGCGGCCGCGGAGUGGCCUACUGGGGACCCUCCCCCUGAGGGGCCGCUCCGGGGAGGGGAGAUGAACGGCUUCAGCACCGAGGAGGACAGCCGCGAAGGGCCCCCCGCCGUCCCCGCCGCCGCCCCGGGAUACGGCCAGAGCUGCUGCCUCAUCGAGGACGGUGAACGCUGCGUCCGGCCCGCGGGCAACGCCUCCUUCAGCAAGAGGGUCCAGAAGAGCAUCUCGCAGAAGAAACUCAAGCUGGACAUCGACAAGAGCGUAAGGCACCUGUAUAUCUGCGAUUUUCACAAAAAUUUCAUCCAGAGUGUCCGAAAUAAAAGGAAGAGGAAGACAAGUGAUGAUGGUGGAGAUUCUCCUGAGCACGACACUGACAUUCCUGAGGUUGAUCUGUUCCAGCUGCAGGUAAACACUCUACGACGUUAUAAACGGCACUACAAGUUGCAGACCAGACCAGGCUUCAAUAAGGCCCAAUUAGCAGAAACUGUCAGCCGACACUUCAGGAACAUACCUGUGAAUGAAAAAGAGACCCUUGCCUACUUCAUCUACAUGGUGAAGAGUAACAAGAGUAGACUGGACCAGAAAUCAGAGGGCGGCAAGCAGCUUGAGUGAGGAUGAAGCAAACCUUAAAGGAAUGAAGUAUAAUGCUUAGUGCACAGGUGAUGUCUGCUACAUUUAAGCCUGUAAAGACUGUUAAAUUUUAUUGUAAAUAAAAACGUUUGAAUGAUGAAUACUGUAAAUCUUUUUGGUCAGGAGGAUUAUAUUCUCAUGAUUCAGCAUGUAUAUAGAAAGACUUUCUUUUAAGAUGACUGCUGGACUUAAAAAACAAGAUUAUAAAAAGAAUUAAAGAAAAACUAUGUAUCGCAGCAUUCAACAAAGAUUAAGUCAAUUCUACUAGAAAUGUGGGAUAAGAAAUAUUUUGGUAGUCACCUUUGUAAUACCAGGCUACCACGUGUGAGACAUAGCCCUGGAAUAGCAGCAAGGUGCAAUUGAUGGUGGGGAUGCACGUGCAGACCCAUCUGGACUUGCGUGCUGCCUGCUGGGGACAUAGAUGUCCUGCUGUGUUGCGAGCUUUGCCAUUUACAGCAAAUCGGUUUGACAAGGUCCCCCUCACUAUCCCUGUGCCUUGUAUACAGUAGGUACUCAAUCAGUAUUUGUUGGCUAAUUGAGCUGUCACUGACAGUGCCAGCCUUGUAACAUCUGCUUCACAACUUCUUGUUACUGAGACCUCUUCCAUUUCUGUUGCUUACCACUUAACUGCUAGACUGUGUAGGAAAUCCUGAUGUACCAACAAGGAGGUUUCAAAUCAAAUCAAACAAGGAUUUCAGGGCAGUUGCAUAAGAAAAGUUAUAUUUGUCAAGGUUCCAGAAACACUGAUACAAAGACCCUCACAGGAGAUGUCCUUUGCACACCCUUCUACUCUCACUCUUUGGGGUAAAGUUAUGUAUUAUGAUUUUAGCCAAGCUCCUAGGAAAUAAAUGCUUUAACAAACAGAUAUUUAGUGGUUUGGGGCUAAUGUUUUCAGAAGUAUUAAUCUUUAGUUCACAGCCACCACAAAAGUUGCCAAGGACCAUGUGAUUCCUGCUCAGAAGUCCAGCUGUGGGACUGAAAGUCUGGCUGGCCUUGACUCCCUGGGCUGUGUUCAGCAGCAAAGCAUGAGUUUGAGCAACAAAGGUCAGUGCCAUCUGAUGCUCAUUUUUGAGACAAAUUUGCCUCCCUCUUAGGGAUAAAAAUUGCUAAAAUAAUUUUUUUAAAGUAUUAAUAAUUACCUGAUUUUUUGUUGUUGUUCACAAAGUCAGAUUCCUAUCUAAUUAAAUCAGAGCCAGAGUAUCCUGUUGAAACAAAGCUUUAUAUCAAAAAGUAUACUUUUGAAAAAUUCUCUAGUCAAUAUGUUUGGAGCAGAGAGUGUGGGUAGGAGUGUGUGAGAAAAUGACAAAGGGUUUGGAUUCUCAUUUAUGAUCAUCUUGACAUUUACUAUGGUUAAAGGUGUCAUUUUCCUACUCACUUUCAAUUCUGAGUUAUUUCUUAAGCCUUAAAUAAUAAAAGGAGCAAUGAACAGCCUGGCCUGGCAGAAUUUCAUAGAUGGCUUAUUCUGAACACAAUCACAGAGAAGUCAGAACUAAACCCCCACUGAACAGUGUGACAGAGUGUCCAAAGGUCUCAGUUCUGUGGAGCAGAGUACUAUGCUUUCUGUGGAAUGGGGACAGGGCUACCAUGCUCACUAAAAUUCAGUGUGUUCCAUUGCAGCAAAGCUUUCACCAAUGUUCAAAAUGCAUGUCUAGCAGAUUGCAGCCAUUUAAAUUAAAUAUGUAUAAAUGAAUGUACAUAGAACAUACUCUGGACUAUGAGGGAAUCCUAUUUUGAUAUGAAUCCUGGCUGUGGAUGGCAUGUCAAGAUGCUCUGUGAAUGUUUUCAAUCAUUCAGAUUCAGUAUGUAUUUAGAUUGUUUCCCUACUUAUAGCUGAAGGAUGUUGAUACACGUGUAGGCAUCAAGGAGGCUUAUCAGGGGCUGGAGUUUGGGGGUAAAUGGGGCCUGCAGGUUAAGGCAUUGUUAACUUGCUCUAUGGCAAUGUACAUGUCUUAUUGAGGAAGAAAGUAUAUCUUUCUGAUAUUCAAACCAAAAUUGUGGGUGUGUAGGUCAUGUCAGUGUUUCUUUAACAGCAAAUCUGUUUUCCCAGUUGAGAGAGUCAGAGUACAUUUCUUUACAAGAUGUGGUGUUAGGAUCCGUCUGUUCACGCAUGUCUGUGAGAAUGCUUUUGUUCCAGAGUGAAGCCUGGGGAAACUUUUUACCUUCAGCCAGAUGCCGUGCACAUUUGAGUCCUUUGUCAUCUUUCCACUAAAGAGAGGAGCUUUUGAAAAGUAGCGGUUGUGGGUUUCUUUUCAACCUUUUAAAACAGGUCAGGUGAGAGAAAAGACAAAGCUGUUUGAACUUUAUGUUUUUCUCUGUCCAGAAAUCGGUUCUUUCAUCAAACCACUAAACCACUUGCCUUAGCCUUUUCUGCAGUUUCUGAUGGCUUUUCUGUGGGCAAGAGACUUCUACCUGUGAGAACUGGCCAGGCCCUCCAAAGCAACACGGUCUGGCUUCAGAGAACAGUGGGGUUUGGGAAAGCAGUGCUCAUCUUGGCUGCCUGCAUUUUUAUACCACCUGUCAAGGACUCGCGCUUCUCUCCACCUGUGAUGUUGCAGCAUUGCCUUCUCUCCUCUUGGUGCUCCUGAGCAAACUGGAAUUUGAAAACCAGAACUGGCAUUGUCUUCUUAAAGAGCACGGUUUGUGCCUCAGUCUGAUAUGGUAUGAUUUUUUCAUAUGCCUUGAAGGUUGUUACAUGGAAAUGUCACUAUUCUGCCAUUUAUAUUCCAUUUUAAGAUUUUAAAAAACAAACGGACAAACUUCUUAUUUCAAGGAAUAAACUCUUAGGUUGUCAGAAGCAUGUGAAAAAGAUCAUAGCUGAAUCUCAAAAAAGAUUGAAAACCAAAGGAUUCAAGACCGGUGUUGUAAAAGGAAGAGGAAUUUCACUUAUGUGUUAUAGCUGCCAAGUUGUUAAAUGUUCCUGUCAUAGCUAAAUUGUCACCGCUAGCCUUCCAGAGAAGAGAUAUUAAUAAUUGUUUGCAGCUGGAAUGUUGUAUCUAGCCUUGGCUUUGGGCUAUUUAUUUUGUGGAAAGUUUUUUGUUAAUAUCCUGCGGGGCAACUGCCUGGUGGAAGGGAGAGGGUGGGAAAAGGAACUUACUUUGGGUCCUUGCCUAUUGAAGUAGGCUUUCCAGUGUAUGGAUCCCUGCAUAGUUGCUUUAUGGAAAUCAUCUGAAUGCCCUCGGUCAUUACACUGACAAGAUCCAAAAGUUGGGAAAGGGCCUUUUAAGUCAUCCACUUUAGUCUCCCCAUAGGUGCUGACAUUCUGCCUCCAACAAUCCCACUACAGGGUUGAGCAGUCUGGGCUUAAACACCUCUGAGGACAGAGAACUCACUACCUCAUGGGGAAGCCUAUUCUAUCUUUGUAAACCUCUGUCUUUUCUAUGUCCUCUGUAAUUUCCAUCUUAGUCUCUGUACAUUGGGGGGUGGGGGGGCCACAUGGAACAAGUUAUCCAUCUUGGCAAAGGACCUAAUUUCUGGCAUUGUCUUAGAGCAUAGCAUUUGUCUUUUGGAAAGGAGCAGCUAGGACAUAGACACUUUAGUGUCCUGACUGUCCUUACCCCUGAGUAUUGGUCUGCUUAGUUCCUUGUUAAAAAAUGUUGAUAAAACCCCAUCAGCCUAUGCUCACUUGUUCUUACCAAAGCCAGUGGAAGUUAAGGGGAGGAGGGGAUGUUAUCAGCCUGCUAAAAACUAACCUAAGACAGAUGAGGCCUUAGUUUUGGGCUUGCCCCACAAAAACGGAUGUUUGUGAUGUCACUUAGGAAAAACUUCAGCUAGAAGAUUUUAAAGUAAUAUUGCUUCACAUGGAGUUUAAAGGUUCCGUGGUUGCUGAGGGCUUGUAUCUUAAGAUUCCUGUAAGGUCUUCACACUGUUUUUACUGAGAAAACAAAGCAUAAGAACUUGAGGGUAAGGGACUGUAUGUAUCAGAGAAGUGCCAUAUUUUAAGGCUGGAGAGUCCUUUAAGGUUGCUAUUGUCCAAUCCAUUCUUAGAGAUGGGGAAACUAAAAUUCAAAAAUAUUUGCCUGAGAUCACAUGGCAUUAUUGGAACUAACCUCUAGUCCUCUUGACCUGUCCAGCACUCUUCCUACUUUCUGACUUGCAGGAUGACCCUAAUCCAGUCUAAAAUAAGCUGCCCUCAGAUUCUUGAGACCUUGUAACUGAGAAGAAGUUCCCAAGGCCAUCCUGGCUCUCAGGGACUGUGAACCAACCUGUAGAACUCAAGCUUGAAUGAAAUGAAUUAGGCCAGUUGAGUUUUGCAAAACAAGUGGUAGGGAAGAACAAACCUAUAAUUUAAGACCAACGUUCAAAAGCCCUAAUGGAAGAUGUAGUGUUGUCCUAGACAUAUUAUAAAAUGGGCUUGGUCUGUGAUCUCUUGGUCAGACUUCUGCCUUCCAGGCAGUCCUUUGAGGUCCAUAAUUCAGCUGGCCCUGGCUCUUGGUCUCUGUUACUGAGCUGGGCAAUCAAAUUGAUGGACAGUGGAGCUCAAGAUCAUGCCCUAGGAAGCAUGGCGCUUUAGGAAUGCCUUUUUAUUCCUGUCAUCAUAUUAGACUUUCCAAGUUUAUGGCUAGGAAGAGUAAAGUUGAUCUGAUGUUCUGAGAUAGCAUCCAGUCUGAGUGAAGGUGGGACCAGUCUAUCUACAAUCAGUUGUUUCAUUGAGCUUGCAUCUUAAAACACAGAUCCUUCAGUUGCUUUCACUUAAUGAACACAUUUGCCAGUGACAGAGGGUUGCUACAGGAUCCCUGUUUUACAUUUCUAUCAUCUGUUAUGCCCAUCAGACUGUAUUUUGGGGUAUAGGUUUUUUUUUUAAUUUUGUAACUGCCUUAUUGAAAAGUAAGUGCCCUUCCAUUCCAGGCCUCCUCAUAUUGUACUUGUUUUCUACCAAAUUUGGGGGAUCAUUUGUAUUUAAUUUUGUAAUCUAUGGCUCUGUACUGUUGAAAGGCUCUCAAUUCUAUGGGGUCUCUUUAGUAUGUAUUUUCAUGUUGCACUAUCACAUAGAUGGGAUGGCCCGACUUUCACUCUUA